AUGAAGGUCAUCGUGACGGGAGCCACCGGCUUGGUGGGCAGGGAGAUUGUGCAGCAGUGCCUCGCGGACCCUCGCAUCACAAAGGUCGUCAUCCUCACCCGGAGGGCCGUGUCCAUGGACAUUGAGAGCCACCCCAAGGCAGACGUCGUGAUGCUUCAGGACUUUUCGCGUUACUCGGAUGAUCUUUUGAGCCGCCUCGAAGGCUCUUCUGCGUGUCUGUGGGCCAUUGGAGGUCGUCCAGAUCAGCUCAACAACGACAAGGCAUCUCUUCACCACGUCAACGUCGAGCUGCCUCUCGCCGCAGCCAAGGCCAUGAGCGAGCGCAUCGCCGCCAAGCUACCCCCGGGGCAAAAGUUCAGCUUUGUAUUCUGCAGCAACAAGAGCGCCGACCGACACUCUUCAAAGCCGCUGCUCUUCCUGGGAGACCCGCGGAAACCACGGACUGAGGCGGAAAAGGCCCUCUGCGAGGUGGCCGACUCUCACCCGGAUGUCUUUAGCACCUGGAUCCUGCGGCCGGCUGCCAUCGUCACGGGGGACGCCGCUCCGAAGAAGCGGAGGCUCGUGGGGAGCCGGUCCAGCAACGGUGUUGACGUGCCGCAGAUGGCAAAGGCCUAUGUCAAGGUGGCCUGCGAGGGCUGGAAGGACCGCAUCAUCGAUAAUGAUGCCCUGCUCAAGAUGUAA